UAGUUCUAAGUGACGUUUGUAGAUGCUUGUUUGCAAGUUGCGAUGCUAAUGUGAUAGAAUUAUUAUAAUCUUAUUUUUGUUGUUUAAUUCUUUCUGUAAAAUUUAGGCAUUUUUUUAAAAUAAAAAUUAUCGUGCCAAGUUUGCAAAAAUGGUAAAACGAAAGGCCUUAAUCGAUAGCGACUCCAGCGAGGGAUCCGGGAGCGAUUUGGAUAAAGAGUUCUUGGACUUGGCAAAAAAGAAAAACAAGAAAAAAUCCUCACCCAGAGAAAAUUCUAGCUCUGAGAGUUCCAGUGGAUCAGGCAGUGAGGCGGAGAAGAAAAAUGUUAAAAAGAAGGUUAGAAGAGAUACAGCUUCUUCAGAGUCUGAGCGUGAAGAUUCAAAACCUGCUGCUAAAGUCAAUGAAAGUAAAAAUGUUUAUAGUAAUUCAGAACCAGAGGAAGGAGAGGUUUCUGAUUCUUCUGACAGUUCUGAAGAUGAGUUUAAUGACGGGUAUGACGACCAACUUAUGGGAGAUGCAGAGGACAGGGCCAGGCUUGCCAGUCUCACAGAAAAAGAGAGAGAAACUGAAAUUUUUAAGAGAAUUGAGCAAAGGGAAAUGAUGAAAACUAGAUUUGAAAUAGAAAAAAAAUUAAGGCAACAAAAGAGACUUGAACGGGCGAAAGAUGGAAAACCAAAGGACAAAGAGAAGAAGAAAUUAAAAAAAAAACAGAAAGAAGAAAAGAGGAAGAGAGAGGCAGAAGAGGCCGCUGCAGCAGAGGCGGCGGCUAGAGAAAGAGCAAAAGAAAAAGAAGCUGAGGCACAAAAAGUUGAAUUACCUGUGGAAAAAGAGGACGGAGAAGAAGAAGAGGACGAGGCUGACACUAGUAAAUUACAGGUGGACUUUAGUUCAAUCGACCAUAAAGAAAGAAGCAAAGAAAGGAAGAAGAAUAUCGAGGAGAAUAGAGGAAAAGUUGAAAAUAAGAGGUUUAAUGCUAUGGCAGAAUUGAAAGCUCGGAGGGAGGGCAAAAAGGAAGCUGAGGAGGAAAGGAAAAGGAAGGAAGAGGAAAAACGCAAGAAAAAAGAGGAAGAGGACGAAAUAGCCUCUAAGAAAGAGACCAAACUAAAGGCAUCUGAUAUUUAUUCUGAUGAUAGUGAUAGUGACAAUGAUGAAGGAAGAAAAUCCCCGGUGACUCGCGAAAAAGCCAGAUCACGAUCGAGGUCACACUCGAGAUCAGGUUCCCGAUCAAGAUCGUCCAGUUCCAGCUCGAGCAGCAGUGAAGACGAAGAAGAGCAAAAGAAACCCGCCUAUUUGCCUUCAAAACAAGAUUUGAACAACAUUAGACUCUCAAGACACAAACUAGAAAGGUUUGUACACAUGCCCUUUUUCGAUAGAAUUGCCAAGGGCUGUUUUAUCAGGGUGGGAAUAGGACAGCAUAACGGUUCUGCGGUAUAUAGGGCCGCUGAAAUUAUGGGGGUAUAUGAAACAGCGAAGAUUUAUCAACUAGGGAAGACUAGAACCAACAAGGGCUUAGAAGUGCGGCAUGGCUCUCAAAAAAGGGUAUUCAGACUGGAGUUCGUCUCUAAUUCGGAAUUCACAGAACCGGAAUUCCAGAAAUGGAUGGAAGCGACUACUGCGGCAGGCUUUGAUUUGCCCAACAAAUCUAAAAUUGAACAAAAACAAGCAGAUAUUAAGGAAGCGAUGAUGUACGAGUUUAACGAACAAGACGUUGAACGAAUUAUUAAAGAGAAAGAGAGAUUCAAACCAAAUCCUCAUAACUUUGCGAUGAAAAAGGCACACCUCAUGAAAGAAAGAGAAGUGGCUUUGGCCAGAGGCGACGAUGACUAUGCCAGGGAAAUGAGCGAGUUAUUAUCGCAGUUAGAGGAAAAAGCAUCCGAGUUGGACAAGAGAAGAACGGCCACAAUUUCGAGUAUAUCUUAUAUAAACGACCGAAAUAGAAAAAGGAAUGUGGAGGAGGCGGAAAAAGCUAUUAUGGCCGAAGUCAGAGCAAAUAAAGGCAGAAGAAUUGAUGACCCUUUUACAAGACGAUCAACGAAACCCCGGAUGAAUUUCAAGGCUGGAGAAAAAGAGGCCUUAGCGGCGGCAGAACAGAAAGCGAAAGACGAACAGAAGGAAGAAAGCGAUAAAAAAGCACAGGAAGAAAAGCAAAAGAAACAAGAAGAUAAACAACCUCAAGUGUCUCAAGAAGAUUUAUUCUCGGCUCAUGAUUUCGACAUAAAAAUUGAUCUGGAAGUGCCUUUACCUGCCACAUCAGUAAAUGUUGUGCCCAAAACGAACUCAAAAGAUUUAGCCCCUAGGAGAAGCCUUAACUUACAAGACUACAAAAAGAAAAGGGGGCUGAUUUAAUAUAUUUAAAAAAACUUGUGAUGUAUAUUAUUGUUUCCACUUUUUUUAUUAGGUAUUAAGUUAUAUUUCCUCAGUAGGUUAUAAGCUAGUACUUUCUCGGUGAAUUAUUUCUUUUGCAGGACCUUCCUGUCUUAAAGACAACUUUUUUUAUAUUUUUUUUUGAAGAAAAAAUAUAAUUUUUAAAAUUA